AUGGCCAACAACAUCGCCUUCACCGCACCCAUCAACCCGCCCGGCGUCACCCCUCUUUCGCUCGACCAAAUCUGGGCCGGUCUCCUUCUCAAGAUUCGCUCCGCCCAGACCUUUGUGCCAGCCGCAAUUGAAUCCACUGACGUGCUGAGCGAAAGCACCGAUCCGUCCGGUAACGCCGUGACCGUGCGCGAAGUACUCUUCUGCGAAAGCGGGAAGAAAGUCAAGGAGACAGUGACGGCGUUUGAGAAAUGUCGGGUGGAGUUUGAGCAACCGGAUGGGAGUCGGGUGAGCAAUGUUGUCAGUAAGGGGGCUGGUGGGGAGCUGUACAUGACCUAUAUCUUUGAGUGGAGGCAUCCUGGGGUUAGUGGGGAGGAGAUGAAGGCGUUGUUGGAGAAGGAGACGAAAAUGAGUCAGAUGGCGGUUGAAGGGACAAUCAAGGCAUUGAGGCAGUUGGCUGAGGAGAAGAAGCUUUAG